AUUUGAAUUUGUUGUAUUUUAUUACCUCCAUAUUUGCUUUUUGCAUUUUGCUGGAAUUGAUUAUCAAAAAGUUUCGGUUUAAAUAAAAAAAAAACAUGGAUAAGAAGUCCUUUGACAUCGUCUUGGAUGAAAUCAAAAAGUGUGUCCUGACUGACCAGAGGAUCAGAGCCAUUGAGCAGGUGCAUGGAUAUUUCUCCAGUGAGCAGGUGAUUGAAAUCUUGAAGUAUUUCUCAUGGGCAGAACCUCAGAUUAAAGCAGUGAAAGCUCUACAGCAUAAAAUGGUUGCAAUCCCCACAACCAAAGUUGCAAACAUCCUGAACUGCUUCACCUUUUCGAAGGACAGACUUGUUGUUCUAGAACUGAUAGCUUUAAAUAUUUCAGAUGCUCAGAAUUAUCGUCCUGUGGAGGACCUGUUUCGCAUUCAUUUGUCUGAGAAAAAGCGCGCUCGUAGAAUAUUAGAGCAGGUGUGUAAGGUUGGCUGUAAGGCUCCUGUAGCCAUGAUUUCAUCCUGUGGAAUGAUACCAGGAAAUCCAUACCCUAAAGGCAGACCCAGCUUGRUCACCGGCACCUUUCCUGGAAUCCCUCCUGAGAAAAAAGAAGAUUCCUCRAACAGCAUGGAGGGGAAAGGAAUCGCUGCGCGGAUUAUUGGACCUUUCAAACCUUUUCCUUCAACAUACAAUCCCCAUCGACCUGUUCCUUACCCUAUACCACCAUGCCGACCUCAUGCCACUAUCGCACCAAGUGCAUACAACAACGCAGGCCUUGUUUCUAUGGGAGGGGUAAUAACAGCCAACGUGCCCCCUCCCCCCUACAACUCUUCUCACAGAGUAGCAGGUUACGCCAAACCUGGCAAUCCACAAAACACCACGCCUGGAGUCAACAGUGGGCCCCUUCUUGUUCCUCAUGUGUCCACUCCUUCAACCCCUGUCCCACCCCAGGUUUCACCAGCCCCACCUCCUCCCACUACCCCAAUUACACCAGUUUUCCCUGGCAUGGUGCCCUCCCACCAUGCCAACGCCCCCUCUCCUGCACCUGCCCCAUCUCCAUCUGUGAUCAAAGCAGGACCGCAGACCCCCAGUGGACAUGUCACACCUACACCCUCAUCUGUCAUUAAAGCCCACACCCCAUCAGGCACCCCCUGUGGGACUCCUGUCCCCGGCAGCGGGGGAUUCCCUUCUUCCCCUUUCCAUGCCCUCUCUCGACCAGACACCCCUGCAGCUUCCCAGUCACAGACAAACUCCAUGGGCUCAACUCCACAGAGGUCUUACUCCCAGUCCUCAGACCAGUCCAACUUCCCUGGAAUGCACCCGCAAGCAGGUAACUCCUCUGGUUCAGUGAUCCGGAGCUACACCCCCUCUGGUUCAUCAUCUCUCACUCCUGGAUCUUCCACUCCAGUAAACUGUUCCACCCCAGGACCCAGUCCGAAACCCUCUCCUGUCCACCAUGCUCAGACUCAGGCUGGAUCCCUGAACAAGCCCUCGGGGGGUAGUAACAGUGGCAGCAACAGCCCUGUACCAUCAGCUUUUAAAGGCACCUCUCGUUCUGGUACACCAUCCAUUAGCUCCCUGGUGCAGCCAGGCUCUGCUCAGGCCACCCUGUCACGUUCCUUAGGUCUAUCCCACCCCUCAGGUUCCCCUCAAGUCUCUCUCCCUAGCCCUGUUCCCAUCACUGGCCUCCAAGCAUUGUCUUCCAGCCCAGCACCAUCUCAUUAUCCAGGCCUCGCUCCUUUUCCAGCUCUGUCUUCUUCUCUUCCUUGUGCCACCAUCCAUUCAUCUGUGCCCACAAUGACCUCCACCACCAACAUAACUAACCACCCACCAACCUCCAUAUACCCAAGUUUAGCUCCUAGUGCCACUCCUGCUGCAGCCUCUCCUUUUGGGCUGGGCCUCACCUCUGCCCCAUCUAUAUUCCAAGGCCUUCCACCCGGGGCUAGCCCUACCGCCUUUCCUGGACUGGCUGUGUCAGGGGGUACCAGGAGCCCCGUGUUGCCUUCAUUCAUGGGACUGUCAGGAGCAGCUCCAGCUUCUGUAGCAUCAGUGGCUCCGCUGCAGGCUGCAGCCGCAGCCGCAGCUGCCGCGGUCGGGGUUCCAUCAUCAUCCCCGGUCUUACCUGGUUUUGCAUCUACUUUCAGCUCCAAUUUUCAGACUGGGCUGACGAGUGCACUUCAGGCUCCAGGAGGGAGUGGGUUCCCAGGCUUGCUGUCCUUCCCUGCUGUAGCAGGCUUCUCUCCAUCUGCUUCUCCUGCUGCCCUCAGUGGCCUCCACAACCCAACCAUGCAGUCUGCUCUACUUCAGGCUCAUCCUACAUCUGCUUUGGAGAGCUUUCCUCCUCAACCCAACAGUUUCACCAACUACCCUGCAGGCCCUGGGAACCCCUUCCCACUCCAGCCAGGGCUACACCCUCAGUUAGGUUGGCAGUGAAGCCUAUACGGUGACACGUUAAGACCCACGCGCAGACUCUGCAGUUUGCCCUGCCCUACGUUUAAGUAGGUAAUACAGUAUGUCUUUGGCCUUGAACCCUGAAGAGCCCAGGAUAACGAUACAAAACAGUUCACAGCAAGAGUGACUUCAUAACUCAAGAAACACUACUCUGAACAUGUGGGGGAAGGAGGCGUAUUUGUUACCCAUCACUUGUAAAUAUUAGUUAUUAAAUUAGAAUGGAUAGACUGUAACUAGCUGUAAUGAGAGGAUUGAAUUGCCUGUUUUGAAGAACACAUUUAUUAAUGAAAUAUAGAAAAUAUGAAAUUUAUGUAAAAAUAGUCAUUCAUGACUAUUAUUAUUUGGUGUCCAAUUGCAAAAAAAAAAAAAAAAAUUCAUUUUAUUUGCCCAAAUCUGUGAUUUUUUUAUUUUUAUUUUUUAGUGUGAACUUAUUACUGAUUUGUAGUUUAUAAUACGGAGCCACAUUUUAAAGUGUUUAUAGAGCACUGUAAAUAUUUUUAAUUCAUGUUCUGGGUCAGGAGUGUGAUUGCUGUUACAUUUUGAAGCUCUGAUCGUGUUUUAUUUGUUGCAUACUGUGAUUCAUGUUUUGUAUGUUUGCAAAGUCGACAAAUGUGACCCUUGAGCACUGUUCCUGCAGUAUUUGACCAGACAUACUUGAUGAUACAAGCUCUACACAAAGCAUCUGGGAUGAUGUAUGGAUUUCAGUUAUACAGCAGUAUAUGUAUAAAAGCUUCACUUAUUUUUCCACAACAGAUUAAAAACUACUUUUACUGAAUUUGUUGCACAGCUCAGCUCACUGUAGAAGACGGGCUCAUAUCCUGAUUGAGAACAAUAGACCUUUUAUUUUUGUAUGAUCCACCUUACAUUUUCAUCAUGUUUCUUAUAUUCAGUGAACUACUGAUUUAUCUAGCUUUAACUGUAUUUGUAGUUGAUGUAAUUCCCCCUAAAUAAAAAAACCAGAGGUUAAAUCAUGAAAAAA